AUGCCUCUCAUCCAGACCGUCCCCGGUACACCCUCCCCACGCCUUCCCACCCCCAACGCAGCAGACGUCGAGCACGAGCAUACCGACGAACAAGACGUCGAAAACCUCCUCUCCACCGCCCCCGACGAUCCCCAAGAGCAAGACGAAACCCCCACAGCCCCUUCAUCCCCGCCUACCACCAGUACCCGUCUUACCAUCUCCACCGCGCCUACCACACCCCUCUCUUCUCCCCGUCUCGCCCCUGUGCCCCACGGACCAGCGCCCGAGCAGGGGCAGGAGCAGGAGCAAGUGUCUCCCCCGUCGACGCCUUCGACGCCAGUAUCUUCUCGUUUCUCUCAUUCUACGCCCCAACGUCCUCUUCCGGCACAGAAGCAGCAGACGCCGAGGUACGAUGGUCUCACUUCCCGCAGACCUGUGGGGUGGAUAUCGUCUCUCGCUGGGGCAGGGUCUAGGGGUAUGUCCGACAACGCCAUCCCUAGCUCGAAGCAGCGCGCAACGUCGGGUAUCUCCCAAAGCCACGGCCACGGCCAUAGCCAGGGGAAGGGGGUGGAAGUGAGAGUCUCAAGCGUCGCUUUUGGCGGGGUGGAAGGGAGGAGAGUGAGUGGGGCCAUGAAGUAUGCGCUCCAAUCGGGCGAAUCCAGAGAGCCUAGAGUGGGCGGAGGAGGAGGGGGUCGGAUUGUCUCGACGACGUCAGCCCAGGAAUUCGACCUCUCCCAACACCAAUUCGACCUCGCCACAGCGUCUGCCGACUCUCCCAUCCUCAACGAGAGGGAGGAAGACGAAGACGAAGACUUGGGAGAAGACGAAGCAGAAAACAUACGAUACCAAGUAUCCACCGCCCAAGAACAAGACGAGCUCUGGAUGGCGCAUGUCCGGGAACAGUUGAAUACCCUCUUUCCGGACUUUUUUGCGGCGGAGCCGGGGGAUUUGGGGGAUCUUGCUGGGUUGGGGGAGGAUAUGGCUGGGCGCUUUCAGGAGGAAGAGAAUGAUGGAGAAGAGGAGGGAGAGGGGGAUAAGAGUGUUGGUAGUGUGCGUGUGAGGGAGGUGGAUGACGAGGUGGAAGGAGAAGGAGAAGAGGAUGGAGAGGGGGAAGAGGAUCAAGCCGAAGAGACGAGCUUUACGACCUCCGCAUCAGCCACCACCUCUUCCUCUCUCAACCUCCAAACGCCGCCUCCCACCGGUCCUUCGCGCUCCUUCUCCUCCUCCAUGCCCUUGCACCGGACCCAGCGUCAGGUUACUCGAGGACGAGGGUCGCUCGGCGUCCCGAAUGUGAGGGAAGAGAUUACGGAUCUGAGGGAAGAGAUUAUGCGGUUGAGGAGUGUGGUGGGGGGGUUGGCAGAUGGGAUGAGGGCGGAACAUGCGGCGGAGGUUGCUGCUAUCGAUAGGGAGGACCCGGUGGAGGGGGUGAGGAAAGGGGAGAUUGAAAGAGAGCAGGGGCAGGGGCAGGGGCAGGGGCAGGGGGAGGAGAGGAUGAUGCAAGUGCCCGAGUCGUAUGUCAGGACGGCCAAUAAAUCUAUCGAAAUCCUCCUCCACCUUGACACUCUUGUCCGCGUGCCCGACCCCACCACCAGCUCCCCAGUUCCCGAACAGGGGGGCACGCGCACGCUGGAGAUGAGGGACAUCAAUGCGAUAUUUGAAGAGAGCAAUUUGGGGAAGAUUUUGGAGUUUGUGAAAGGGUUGGGUGGUGCGGCGGGGGGUGAGAUUUUCAAAUGA